AUGGCACCGAAAUCGAAGUCGUCGGUCGCUCCCGCGCGACCUGGAUACGAAUUUUUCGGCCCGCCCGGCGCGUUUGGCAUCUCCUUUGGCCUGCCUCUCCUCGUCUACGCAUUCACCUUUGCUUGCAACGACAUCUCGGGAUGCCCGGCCCCGUCCUUGCUGAGCCCGCGCACGCUGUCGCUCGACAAGCUCAAGGCCGAGGUUGGCUGGCCCGCCGACGGCAUCCGGGGUCUCGCGAGCUGGGAGGCCACGGCGGCGGUGUUGGCCUACUACCUCGUCAACCUGGCCUUGUACCGGCUGCUUCCCGCCAUCGAAACAGAGGGCACCGUGCUCGCGUCGGGCGGCCGGCUCAAGUACCGGUUCAACACCUUGUACUCCAACACGGUGACGCUCGCCGCGCUCGCCGCGGGCACCAUCUCCCAGGGGGCCGACUUCCCCGUGUGGACCUUUAUCGACGAACACUACGUGCAGAUCCUCACGGCGAACAUUGGCAUCUCGUACGCCAUCUCGACGUUUGUGUACGUCCGCAGCUUCAGCGUCGCGGCCGGCAACAAGGAUAAGCGAGAGCUCGCGGCCGGGGGUCGGACGGGCAACCUGCUGUACGACUGGUUCAUCGGCAGGGAGCUCAACCCGCGGGUGACGAUUCCGCUGAUCGGCGAGGUCGACAUCAAGGAGUGGUGCGAGCUCCGGCCCGGCAUGAUGGGCUGGAUCAUCCUGAACUGCGCCUGGUGCGCGCGGCAGUACCGGAACUUUGGCCACGUGACUGACAGCAUCGUCGGCAUCACCGUCGUGCAGGCGCUCUACACGGUCGACUCGUGGUGGAACGAGGCGGCGAUCCUGACGACCAUGGACAUUACCACGGACGGCUUCGGCAUGAUGCUCGCCUUUGGCGACCUCGUGUGGGUGCCGUUUGUGUACUCGAUGCAGACGCGCUACCUCUCGGUCCACCCGCAGUCGCUGGGGCCGCUGGGGUCGGCGGCGAUGCUCUCGCUCGUCGGCCUCGGCUUCUACAUCUUCCGGUCGGCCAACAGCCAGAAGAACGCGUUCCGGACGGACGCCAACGACGCGGCCGUCGCGCACCUCGAGUACAUCGAGACCAAGACGGGGAGCAAGCUGCUCACGACGGGCUGGUGGGGCGUCGCGCGGCAUAUCAACUACCUCGGCGACUGGAUCCAGUCCUGGCCGUACAGCCUGCCCACGGGCCUCGCGGGCUACCAGAUCCUCGCCGCGGGCGCGGGCGGGCCGGGCGCGUACGUGCUCGGCGACGGGCGGGAGGUGGUGGCGGGCGGGGCCAAGGGCUGGGGCAUGCUCUUUACCUACUUUUACAUUGUCUACUUUGGCGUCCUGCUCGUCCACCGCGAGCGGCGCGACGACGAAAAGUGCCACCGCAAGUACGGCGCGGACUGGGACGAGUACAAGAAGGUUGUCCGAUGGCGAAUCAUCCCAGGCAUCUACUAG